AGAUAUGAUGAAAACUAAAUUUCCUUGGUUAAAUGUAGAUGAUAUUGAAUUAGGAAGUCUUGGAACAUUAAACUCAGGAUGGUUUGAUCCUUGGUCCUUGUUGAAUGCAUUAAGAAAUAAAGCUAAAUCACUAGGGACAUAUUAUAUUGAGGGUGAAGUAGAAAAUUUUGGUUUUAAAGUAGAUACAAGCAUAGUGGUAGAAGAAGAUCCUAAUAAAGAAUAUGAAGGGAUCAAUAGCGUAAAAGUAAAAUUAAAAGAUGGCAAAACCCAACAAAUAGUAUUUGGUGUAUGUAUUGUAGCAGCUGGCGCUGAAUCAGGAAAUGUUGCCCGAAUGGCUAAAGUUGGAAAUGGAAAAGGAUUUUUAUCUACACCUUUGCCUAUUGAACCUCGUAAACGUUUCGUGUAUUAUUACCAUGCUCCUAAAGGUCCUUCGAUGUCGCCAAUGGUAAUUGAUCCAUCUGGAAUUUAUUUUAGGCCUGACAGCUUUAACAACCAUUAUAUAUGUGGUAAAUCACCAUGUGAUGCAGAAGAACCAGAAACAGCCAAUUUAGAUGUAGAUCAUGAUUUUUUUGAAAAGGAGAUCUGGGCAAUGCUUGCACACAGAGUACCUGCAUUUGAAGAAGCAAAAGUGAAAAGUAGCUGGGCUGGAUUUUAUGAUUAUAAUUGGUAUGAUCAAAAUGCUGUUAUUGGAUCUCAUCCAAGUUAUUUCAACUUAUUUUUUGCUGCUGGUUUUAGUGGACAUGGUAUACAACAAGCACCAGCUAUUGGCCGAGCUGUAAUGGAAAUGAUUACUGAGAGUGGAUAUAACACAAUAGAUCUUUCUAGGUUAGGGUUUGGCCGGUUGAUUGCUGAACAACCAUUAUAUGAAGAAAACAUUGUCUAACAGCUUAAAAAUCAAUUAUARUAUAUUAAUGAUUUGAUUUUUAUGUUUAAAUAGAUGAUGAUCAUUGUUAAUAUGUU